AUGAGUACAAUUUUCGAUAAACUCUCUGAAUUUUUCUUCAAAAACACUUCAACACCGACAAUUCAAAAAGCGAUUCCGACGCAAUAUCAAUUUAAUUAUCGUCAAAUUGUAUUGCUAAUUAAUUUUAUCUACACAAUUCCUUCAUUUUAUAUUUAUUCGAAAUGUCGCAAAUUGCUCAAGGAAAAAUCAAAUAAUCAUUUCAAUACUAUUUUCAGCAAUGAUUUUUAUAUUGUAAGUUUUAAAGUUCUGCUGAAAACAUCCUGAAAUUCAUAUUUCUCUCGCAGAAUGUUGCAUUAUUCAUAAUUGAUAUAAUUUCAACUCGUCUUCCAAUAUCAGGUCUAAUCAAUAAUUAUCCAUCAUAUUUCCCUGAAUAUUUCCCAAAACUCUUAUUAUUUCUUUCUUAUUAUCUUAUUUAUGCCAAUUAUUUUUCAAGCACUUUAAUUUGUUUGCAUCGUAUGACAAGUGUGGCUUUUUAUCAAAAUAAUGUGAGUUUUUGCAAAAAAAGAAGCAAGUUAGGUUAAUUCAAUUUGCAGUUUUGGAAACGCCACAUAAAUUUAAGUAUAAUUCUGACCUAUAUAUUAUCACUUAUGCUAACUUGGCACAUUUGGACAUAUGAUGUUUAUUAUUACAUUUUGGCGGAAAAUGAUUCGAGAUACCAGUUGACUUAUAAUCAGGUGUUUUUGACGAGAUAUGUGAGUAGACAGAAAUGCCUUGAAAACAAUUUCAUUUUCAUUCCGAAAUCUCGAUCCUCAAAUUGAAAUAAUAACCGAAAAACUCACAUUUUUGAAUAAUUAAUUGUUUACUGUUUCCAGAUUCGAAAUAGUAGUACCCUUUUCACAAUUUCCUUAAUUCUCGCAAUAAUUUGCAUAACUGCCAAUACUAUCACAAUCCUAAAAUAUAAUGCAAAACCUCCAACAAUCAAAAAACAUCGUCGAGUAGAAUUAGCAAUGUUUAUUAUAGCAAUUAUAGCAUGUUCCUCUUUAAUUUUUCAGUGCGUAAUUCAGGUAAGCCUAGUCUAACAUCACUUAUAAGCCUAAGCCUAUUUCUUUCAGAUUAUUGUUUUUAUGUUCACAGAUAACGACAUAAUUAGAGUAACAGCUCAAGAUUUGCGAAAUAUUUGUUUGGAUUUAUCAAUUUGCGGACCUCCAUGGGUUUUGUAUUUUGGAUCAUUUUCAAGACGAAAAAUUUUUGUGAAUCAGAGUAAAAAUAGAAAUGCUUCGGAAAUGAUUACAAGAAUUACAACAUGA